AUGGCUUCAUUCCCCAUGACGUUCGCUGAUCAUGCUGUAGGUGAGAAGGUCUCCCUGGUUUCGAAAUUGUGUUGCUUUGACCCAUGUCAUGAAGCUCACAUUAUGGAAGCUCUGUAUGACAAGGUGACGUUCAAACUGCAUGGAUUACUGGAUGGUUCUCAUGAGCGAUUUAGCCUGAUGAAUGUUCGAUAUCAGCAGCAAUAUCCAACUCCGAUUUUGGCACUGGAACAUGAUUGGCUGCUUCAGACAAUUGAAGAUCCCCCUGCCUCCAUACUGACAACGACACAUGGUGAAGUGGUGAUUUCACGACAUAGGUCGCAGAGCUUGCAGUCCAAAAGUGCGAGGGUUCACACGGUCGGUGCGGCCAGCACGAUCUCCUUGUGCGGCAAGGAUUCUCAGCUGAAGGCUGGUGAUGACCCGUGGAUUGCACAAGAUCCUUGGAAACAGUAUACCCAGAGCAAGUCUGCCUCAUGCAUCCCAAGUGCCAGUGAUGGGAUUCAGCAACUUGCUGAUAGGAUCCAGAAUGAAGUCCUUCAGAAAUUGACGGCUAUGACCCAGAUGGAACAGGAUGACAUGCCAGAACGUUUGUCCACCCUGGAGAAUCAGGUUCAGCAGCUGAUGGGACAGCACAAGGCUUUGGAUCAGAAUGUGCAGGAUUUGUCAAAUCAGAACGCUCAGCAGUUCGCAACGAUGCCAUGCCAAUUGACCCAGCAGAGCCAACAGUUGCAAGGUCAAAUCGAUGGGCACUGUCAGAAUAUGCAGGCACUGAUGGAACACCAAAUGGUGCAGAUCCGAGGCCUUCUGUCGAAGCUGCACCUUUCUGGCUUUCCCAAGUACUCUGCGACCGUCGCGAACUGUGCAGCAUGCGCUGAGAACGCCAGUCAUGGACGCAGAGGACGUGGAGCCCACAUCCUUCACGGUGAACGUGGGAGGCUCCCCUGUGAGCUCUGGCAAGGUGGCCGUGAUCACUGGCGCCUCUACUGGAAUCGGCUUGGCCACGGUGGAAGGAUUGCUGAAGUCAGGCGAGUAUGGUACCGUGAUCAUGGCUGGCCGCGACUCGCAGAAGCAUCUGGAAGCCAUGGAGGGCUUGAAGGAGAAAAUGCCAAACCUCACCUUGCCGGUGCAGUUGAGAUAUUUGCCACUGGAUUUGGCAUCCCUGCAAUCAGUCCGCUACUGGGCCUUGCUAUGGGCCUGGCUAUGGAUCAGUGUUCCUUCAAGGAGGCAUUCUAUGGCUUGAACAUCGAGCUGCACACCUUAAUUCUCAAUGCGGGAGUCAUGGCUCUGCCCCAGAGGAAGCAGACUGAGGAUGGCUAUGAGUACCAGUUUGGAGUGAACCACUUGGGCCAUUUCCUCCUGACCAAUUUGCUGAUCGACAAGCUGGCGCUGAGUGGAACCGAGAGGGACCCCGCGCGCGUCAUCGCCCUGAGCUCCUCCGCUCAUCAGAUUCCUUCCAAGCUGCUGAAGGGAGACCUGGGAGACUUGCAGUCUGAUGAGUACACUCCCUGGGGCGCCUACGGUCAAUCCAAAUUGGCCAACCUGCUCUUCUCCUACGAGUUGGACCGUCGCUGCCGCGCCAAGGGCCUCCGCGUGGUCAGCAAUGCGCUGCACCCCGGGGUGGUGAACACCGAGCUCUUUAGGUAUGCUGGGCCUUCGCCAGAUUUGCUGGGUCUUAUUCCCGUGGAGAAUCUCACCAAGCCGUUGCUACGAUACGUUUUGAAAACACCAGAGGAUGGAGCAAAGACGUCCGUUCUUUUGGCCACCCAGCCGGAGGGGAAACUCUCAGGACGUUACUGGCAGGACGGGCGCCCCACAGCCUCCGUGGACUUCGAUCCGCUGAGCGAUCUGCCGGCGGCGGCCAAGGAGAUGUUGCCCUUCCGGCCAAAAUUCACCUCUUACGACCCCAAGAUUUGGGAGGAACUGUGGAACGAGAGCGAGAUCUUGGUGGGGCUUCGUCCCGAAGAUGUCAUGGUGCUCUGA